AUGAUAUCAGGCGCCGGACAGCAGGUCUGAGGGAAACCGGAAGUGAGCUGGAGAGCGCUGUGAACGCUGCUAGGGAGCCCGGUUUCCUCCUUUCUCCAAUCCUGCCACCACCGCGGGAGACUGUCUGGCCGGCUAAGAUGAUGGCAUUCCCUGUGGAUAUGUUGAACAGCUACAGUCAUGAGGACUUGGAGAACUCUGCAGAGGACUACUUGUCUAACCUUCGGCGUGGGGAUCCAAAUUGUCCUGAAUUCUUGUCCCUACCAGACCACGGCAAAGUUCCUAUUAGCUUGUCAACUGUGGGCUUCGUUCCUCUUUAUGGUGAAGAGCAGACACACAAAGUUCUUGCUUUGUUUGCACCAGAGGACUUGUUCACAGCUGUAGCCCUGCAUCUUGCUGACCGGUGGUGGUCAAUUGAUGACAUCUUGAGAACAUCCAUCCCUUCUAGAGAGGGGCUUCAGCAGGUGAAGUCUGUUGGAGAGAGGGUGGUUCUCUAUGUUCUGAAUCGAAUUAUCUAUCGGAAACAAGAAAUAGAAAGAAAUGAGAUCCCAUUUCUCUGUCACGGUAGCAACGACUAUGCUAAGAUCAUGUGGACAAAAGGAGAGGCUGUUGGGUUCUAUUCUGUUAAACCUACAGGAAGUAUUUGUAGCUCUUCUCUUACUCAGAGUUAUCAGCUGCCAGUGCUAGACACAAUGUUUGUAAGAAAGAAACAUCGUGGGAAAGACUUUGGGCUAAUCAUGUUGGAAGACUUUGCGGAUUCCUUUACUGAAGACACUCUUGGCCUACGAUACCCACUGUCAUCCUUCACGUACAUAGCUUGUAAGCACUAUCUUGAGAAGUACCCUGGGGAUCGUGACCUUUUUUGGGAAGUGGAGGGAGCAGGAUGUUGGUUCCAGAGAACACCUAUUACCACUGUAUUGCAAAGAGAAAAGCUCAAAAUUGCAGCAGAAGUCUCUCAGAAAGAAAAUACAAGUUUCCAAGCAGAGGAUUAUUUUCGACAGUCUGCAGCAGAAUCUGAAGCAAGUGGACAAAAGACUGAGCUAGAAACACAGCUAAGUGCUAACUCUCAAAAAGGUAAAGAAUCAAUAGAUGUCCAUGCAAGCACAUCUGAAGACCCUGACAUAACUCCCAUUUCCAUUCAGACACAAAGCAGUCAUUUAAAAUGUCCCAGGAUAGGAAAAAAUAGCCAGGAAUCUGAACCUGAAACUUCCCAAGGAAAUGAGGAAAAUGUUCUUCGUGUGUCAGAAAGCAGGCUGGAACUUUCUGCCGACACAUUUGAAAGCUCUGAAGACUUAGUAGAAGAACCUGAGGAGAAUGCUGUUGAGAAUGAUGAGGAAAUGAUUGUUGAAAAUGAGGACCGAUCUGUAUCAGAAAUGGAGUUACAUGCAUCACCCCCUGAGAAAUGGAGUGAGAAGGAGGAAACUCCAUCUGAACCUCUUAAUGAUGAGGUAACAGAAGAAAUUGGUAAGACCUCACUUAUGGCUGAAGAGGAAACAGCAAAUGAAUUUCUAGGUGGUGAAUCAAAAUUGCAGUCUGAGAGUCAAGGAGAAGAACCCUUAACACUGUUUGUUCCAUUAAUCCUUGAGUCUCCAGCAAAACCUUCAGAAGAUACUGUAUCAGAGGUUUUAAAUGCAAAUGAUUCAGAAGUGCUGACUGAAGAAAGCACAUCAGUAGAGAAGAAGGGCACUGAAGACCACCACCAAGAAUCUGAAAAGAAGUCGUCAUCCACUGAAAAUGCAGCUGCUUCGGCACCCAAGGAAGAACCCUCUGACAAUGGCCUGCCCAACUCUAUGGUAAUUGAAGUAGCAGAAGAAUCUGUUUCUGAAAAUAUAUUGCCCAAAACAGCUUCCUCAGUGGAAGAUCAAAAUGAGGAAGCAGGGCACAACUCACAGGAGGCCCCUGUUGCUUUGAGUCGAAGCUCUUUGAUAGUGGUUGAACUCGAGGGUGUUUCUUUUCAGCAGCCUUCUGGACAGGAAGUACAGAAGAAUCAGUUAGAAGAACACACGGAAGAGUCUGCUGAGCAGAUGGAUCAGUACACGCAGACAAUGGCAGAGCGGGCUGCUGACAGCAGCUCUGAGGAAGCAGAAAUUGAGGUACCCAUUGUAGAUCGGAGAAACUUGCGAAGAAAAGCCAAAGGUUACAAAGGUCCACCCAAGAAAAAAGGAAAGCUCUGGUUCUGCCUCUUCCUCCUGUUCCCAUGAUGACCCUGGUUCACCUUCAUCCUUCUCUAAGUGAACUGAUUUUUUUGUAUAUUUCUUCUUCUGUAUGGGGGCAACUGAUACUGGUACAGGUUGGUUUGCUGGUUCAGUUGUAGUGCCUGAGAAAUUGGGACGUGACAAAGGUUCACUUGAAUAGUUGUAAUGCUGUCUUAAUUUUUAUCCCUCUAUGAAGCUAAUGUAAGAAUCUGGUUUUGGGUUUUAUGCUUAUGCAGUUUAACUGUAUUUAUAAGAUAUUUUAACUGUAUAAGAUAUAUUCUUAUUAUUUAUUUCAGUUGAUGAAGUAGCAUGCUCCUUUUUAAUCCGUUAAGAGAAGCUUAUGGAAAAAAGGCAGUUUUUAAGAAACAUGUAUUACCUAAACUUUAGAUUUAGGGUGUAUGGGAUUAACUAGUUAAAUCUGGGUUUCUUGCACCAUUUUACGUAUCUAUAACUUCCUAUCAAUGUACAUACAGGUACUCCUUAUGAACCCUGUGACUGAUAAAUGUUCACUAUCUUUCAUGAUUGUUUGUAAACAUAUUCAAGCUAACCAUAAGCAUUUCUAAAACUAAUCAAACAUUUUUUUUGAAGCACAUGAGACAAAACUUGUUAUCUUCUGUAUGGCUUCUCUUUUAGUGCUAAUAUUUAUUGUGUUAAAAAAAGUGGCUAGAAAACACAUCUAUUGCAUUGCUAAGAAUUUGGGAUUUGUGAGGGCUGAUGGCUUAAGGGUGGCUGUAUGCAGUAUAUUGUGACUCAUCUUCUAUUUGUUAGAGCAAGCUUUACUAAACAGUAAUCUGCUGAAUACUUCAAUUGAAACAAUUGAAUCCACUUUCAAUAAGUUAAGGAUUUUUUUGUUUAUGAAAAGUGAGUCCCAGUUAUUUCAAUUACUUCUAGGUGGAUUUUUGAUACAUAUGUUUAUCACUUGUAUUCCCUGUGAGGUUGGAAAACAGUGUUUGUGAGAAGGUAAUUAUUUCACUCAUCUGGCUUUUACUUUUCAUGGCUAAGUUGGAACUGAUUUCAAUUAAUAUCAUACUUUUAAGACAUUUGUAUGUUGAAUGCAUAAAUAUUACAACAGGAUUAUUAGAUUAGGUCAAUCUUGGUUUCUGCUGAGAACAGUCAGGUUUCUGAUCUAAUUUCAGUGAGUCAAUUUUAAAUACUGAACUUAAGAGUACACUUAAAAAUAUGAAUUUGAGUAGAUACCUCUGUAAAUCUGGGGUACCUGAGAUAGUACCUGAUGGCCAGAUUGUUAUGUACAGAAUGUGGGCAGUUAGGGUGCAAUUAGCAAUUCUGAUAACCAGUAUGGUCUUGAAAACUGGACAUAGUUCUAAUUGUGAUUGCAGCAGUACUUUGAACUAAAGGGCACAGUUUAUUUCUGUAACAACUUCUUUGGCAUCAAUCAUCUUGCAGUAAAUAUGGAGUAGCAAAAUCAAAAUACUGACUUUAAAUAAUAGUUUUUAUUGCUGUACUGAUUGUCCCAUUGGAAUAGUAGUUUAAUAGUCUAUACCUUCUGUUACAUUAAUGCAAAGGAACAUAUCUGACAGCUGUAUUGACUGAAGUGUUUUACCUUGGGAAAACCAGCAUUUUCUAGGCUUGGAUGAUUUUUUUUUUGGUGUCUGUUAACUGUCUGUCUUAUUACCAUCGAACUCUUAAAGAUCUUAAAAAUUCUUAUCUCACCGGCAACCAAUGAUUAAAACAUCGACUUUAUACAAGUUUGUACCAAAUGCUAUUACAUGUGGAACUACAUGUGUACAGUGAAAGCAAGCAGUAUUAUUUUUGAGCUAUAUUUAGUCUAGGAAUAGAGUUUAAAGAACAUUAAAUUGGUGACUUCAGCUUUGGACUUAAAUGGUAAAUGGUUUUGUAUUUGAAUCCAACAUUUGUUCAAACAUCUCUCUUGUACUGCUUGUUAACUUUUAACAGGAUUUGCUUUGCUUCUCCCACAUUCUCUUUUGGUCUCUCUUCAUUUCAUGCAGAAUUCUUGUUUGCUGUUCUCAUGUUUCAUAGUCCUUUACAUGAAAAUGUAUACAUGUCUUAUUUUAAAAGUGCUUUUAACUUAUUUUAAAUGAUGUCUGACCUUGGUUUGUUGCUUUUUUUAAUACCAUUUCAUUUGUAGAUGUCAGUAAUUAAAUUGAUCAUUUACAAUGUCAUCAACACUACUAAGUUAAACAUAGCAAUAAAUAAGCCUGUUUCAGCUUCUCUGCCCUGUGACCGUUCUAAAAUUUUAUUUCCAAGAGGAUACAUGUCUAAAUUUAUUUUCAUAAAUGUGGUGUUAGAUGUUUUCUAAACUAGUGAUACCCUGUUUAUAAAUCUUAUGAAAGAUGUGUUGCUAUUCUAGAGUACUGUACUUAAGUCUUGUUACAGUGUGGUUUUAGUUUUUUCCUUUUUUUAGUAUUGUCUUGACUGCUUUUGAAAUGUUUUGAAGUAGUAAUUAAACUUAUAUUUUGUGAUUAUUUUUUUUCUUGGUUUUUAGUAUUUGAGUCCUUUGUGCUAUCCAGGAGGCAUGUUUUAAAGUGGUUCAGUUCACUAGAAACUAGCAUCAUUUCACAAUCCGUCUGCUACCAAGGAGCUUUAAAAGCUCAAAGAUUAUUAAUUGAAAAAUCUUUUGCCUAUUAAAAUAAUUUCCUGUACUUAAUUAGCUUAUGCAUCAGACUUUUAUAAAAAAGCUGUAGAAUAGGCUGUUUACAUCAUCUUGCAUAGUUGGUAUAAACUUAGCAGUUAUUAAUGUAGUUUGUUAUAGACAAGCCAACUAGAAAUGCUGUAACGUACUCCUUAUAGUGCAAUACAUUAAAAUGUCUUAAGUUUAACAAUUGUUAUUCAGUCAAUAAGUCAUGUGUUUUAUAACACAAAAUGUAGUAAUGUUCUUAAGACAGCUGUACUUUGUGGGAGGGGGGCACUGUGUAAUAGAAAAUUAAAGUAUUCUGUUCAUGUUACUUGUUAACAUGCAGUAAAGGGUAAAGCAACAAGGACUUAAACGGAGGCUUAUCUGUUUUGACAAAAUGCCCUCUCUCCAAGCAAAUGCCUUACUGGCUUGUCUACUGACCCUCUCAGUUUCAAAUCACUUAUCACUACACAAAUAAGUAAAAAUCAUAGUAAGUUACUAAGUCUAGACUAGGGCAAAGUGUUGAACUAACAAUAUAGCCUGUAAGUGGAGAAAAUUUUGGUAUAAUUAAAGUACUGCCUCUAUCAGACAGUGUAAGAGAAGUUACAAAGCUGGUACAAAAGCAGUUAGCUUGACUUCUGGCCAGAGUUCCAGAUCUGGAAGUACUGUUACAGUCAUGAAGAUGAUUUAAGGGAUUGGAGCAUCUGUCAUGCAAGAGGCUGAGAGUUGCAGUUGUUCAACCUGGAGAAGAGAAGGCUCAGGAGGGAUCUUACCCUUGUGUACAAAUACCUAGUGGGAGGGUAUAAAGAAGAUGGAGCAAGCCUUUUCUCAGUGGUGCCCAGUGACAGGACACAAGAGGCAGUGGGCACAAAUUGGAAUAUAGGAAAUUCUAUUUAAACAUAAAACAUUUUAAACUGUAAGAGUGGUCAAACACUGGAUCAGGUUGCCCAGAGAGGUGGUGGUCUCCAUCCUUGGAGAUGUUCAAAACCUGACUGGACACGGCCCUCAGACACCUACUGUAGUUGACUCUGCUUUAAGUAGGGGGCUUGGACUAGACAAUCUCAAGAGGUCCCUUCCAACCUUAACUAUUCUGUGAUUCUAUAAUCACCUGCCUAUAUAACCUGCCUGUCCCUGUGGCUUACUGCAUGUGUGACCACCUCUAGUCUUAAACUUUAAUCUAUGUUAAUGCAAAAAAACCCAAAACCUAUUCACAUCCUGGCUUCUGAAAUAUCUUAA